AUGCCACUGCUCUUUUUCAUACAGACACUUACGAGACUAGAUAUCUCCUAUAAUCCAAUCAGAGCUCUUGGAGCACAACAUCUUGCUGAUGCUUUACGACAUAAUACGACACUCACUACGCUAGAUCUUCAAAUCAAUCAAAUCGGAUCUCUUGGAGCACAAGAUCUGGCUGAUGCAUUAGAAAAUAAUAUGACACUCACCACACUGGAUCUCCAACUCAAUCAAAUUGGAGAUGUCGGAGCAGAACAUCUGGCCAAUGCAUUACGAAAUAACACGACACUUACCGCACUACAUCUCUCCUACAAUGAAAUCGGAGGCAAAGGAGCACAACAUCUGGCUGAUGCGUUGCAAAAUAACACAACACUCACCACAUUAAAUCUCUCUUCCAAUCAAAUCAGAGAAAUAGGAGCACAACAUCUAGCUGAUGUAUUACGACAUAACACGACACUCACAACACUCGAUCUCCAACACAAUGAAAUUGGAGAGAAAGGAGCACAACAACUGGCUGAUGCAUUACGAAAUAACACAACACUCACUACACUAGAUCUCAACCAAAAUCAAAUCGGAGACAAAGGAACACAACACUUGGCUGAUGCAUUACGAAAUAACAUGACACUCACCACACUCGAUCUCCACCAAAAUCAAAUCGGAGACAAAGGAGCACAACACUUGGCUGAUGCAUUACGAAAUAACACAACACUCACCACACUAGAUCUCCAACUCAAUCAAAUCGGACAUAAACUGGACAACGGUUUGAAGGAACUGAUUGAACGAAAUAUAAAAAACCAAGAAAAUUUGGUGCAUUCAUUUUGA